UGCGGGCCCGGGGGGCCUCGGCGGCCUAGGGCGGGCGGCUCCGGGCCCUGGCCGAGCCGGCGGCCCCCGGGAAGCCGCGGGGACCGUCCAGAGUGCGCGCCCUGGAUGAGAUCCCGCAGCGACGCCCCGGCCCGCCCCGCUCCUCCUCCUGCCUGGCCAGGCUGCCUCCCAUUUGGGAAGUUUUGUGGGUUUGCUUUCUCCUCCUCCAACCUUGGCGGAGGCCACGACUCAGGCGCCACAGCCGGGGGCGGCCCCCUCGCCUGGAGGCCGUGGACCAUGGUUCGGGGCAGCCAACGCUGAAGUCAGCGAAACCGAGCCUGGCCUGAAGCAGGCUGCGCGAGAGGCCAAGGCCAUGGCCAUCGCCACGUCGGCCCAGCUUGCCCGGGCACUGUAUGACAACACCGCUGAGUCCCCCCAGGAGCUGUCUUUCCGCCGAGGGGACGUUCUACGGGUACUGCAGAGAGAGGGUGCUGGCGGGCUGGAUGGCUGGUGCCUCUGCUCCCUGCAUGGCCAGCAGGGCAUUGUGCCCGCCAACAGAGUGAAGCUCCUUCCUGCUGGCCCAGCACCCAAGACCAGCCUCUCUCCAGCGCCCCCAGCCCAACCUGGCUCACCAUAUCCAGCCCCAGAUCACGGCAGUGAGGACCAGGAGGUGUAUGUGGUACCACCCUCAGCUCGGCCCUGUCCUGCCUCCCGACCUCCGGCUGGACCCGCCUCUGACCCCAUCUAUAAGAUUCCCAGAGGCAGUGGGACCCAGCUGGCUGCCUCUGGAGAUGUCUUGGAGGUCUACGAUGUGCCCCCCACUGCCCUCCGGGUUCCCUCCAGUGGCCCCUAUGACUGCCCCACCUCCUUUUCCCACCCUCUGGCCCAGGAGAGGAUGUCCCCUGGAGAGGAUGAAGCUCCCUAUGAUGUGCCUCUGACCCCAAAGCCACCGACAGAGAGAGAGCCAGAUCUGGAGUGGGAAGGGGGCCGGGAACCAGGCCCCCCCCUCUACGCUGCCCCCUCCAACCUGAAGCGGGCAUCAGCCCUCCUCAACUUGUACGAAGCACCCGAGGAACUACUGGCAGAUGGGGAAGGCGGGGCUCCUGACGAGGGCAUCUACGAUGUGCCCCUGCUGGGGCCAGAGGCUCCCCCUUCUCCAGAGCCCCCAGCAGCCUCAGCCUCCAAUGACCCGGACACCCUGGCCCAGCUUCUGGCCAGAAGCCCCCCCCCACCACAAAGGCCCCGGUUACCCUCAGCUGAGAGCCUGUCCCGCCGCCCUCUGCCUGCCUUGCCAGUCCCUGAGGCCCCCAGCCCUUCUCCUGCUCCCUCUCCUGCCCCCAGCCGUAAGGGCAGCAUCCAGGACCGGCCUCUGCCACCACCUCCACCCCGCCUGCCUGGCUAUGGGGGCCCCAAGUUCGAGGAGGAUCCAGAGGGCAGGGAGGUGGAGGACGACCCAGCAGGACACCACAAUGAGUAUGAGGGCAUUCCGAUGGCCGAGGAGUAUGACUAUGUCCACCUGAAGGGCGUGGAUAAAGCUCAGGGAUCUAGGCCCCUGGAUAAGGCCUUCGCAGGGGAUCCUGCACUGCUGGAGAGGGGGCUGCCGGCGCAGCAGGAGGCCCUGUCCCCAGGGGAGCCACUGGUUCUGUCCACUGGAGACCUACAACUCCUGCAGUUCUAUGCAGGGCAGUGCCAGAGCCACUACUCAGCGCUGCAGGCGGCCGUGGCAGCCCUGAUGUCCAGCACCCAGACGAACCAGCCCCCGCGUCUCUUUGUACCCCACGGCAAGAAGGUGGUGGUGGCUGCUCACCGCCUGGUGUUUGUUGGGGACACCUUGGGUCGGGUGGCAGCCUCUGCCCCUCUACGCGCACAAGUUGGGGCUGCAGGAACAGCGCUGGGCCAGGCAUUGCGGGCCACUGUGCUGGCUGUCAAGGGGGCUGCCCUGGGCUAUCCAUCCAGCCCUGCAGCCCAAGAGAUGGCGCAGUGUGUCGCGGAAUUGGCAGGGCAGGCCCUGCAAUUCACCACCCUGCUCACCAGCCUGGCCCCCUGAGGGUCUCUUGGCACACCUCUGCCCUUCCCCUGCCUGCCAAAGCCCCCUUCUAGGCCUUGGGUGGCUGGAGGGCUUUAUUGUAGGGACAAGGAGAGUUGGUGGUGUAUUUCCCCUUUCCUGCCCCUUCUGGUCAUCUCAGCCUCUCACAGAGGUGUCUCCUUCCCCAAACCCACAGCUUUUUGUAUGAGCCAUUUUAUAUAAAUUAUUUAUAUUUAAUAUUAUUCCCUGCAUUGUCAGGGGCAGGCACUAGGUCUCUGGGGUAGGGAGGAACUGGACUCUCCUAAGCCUAGGGUGGAAGUCACUGCUCUGAUACCCACCUCUGGAAACUUGGCCACACAGAGAAUCAGGUGACAGAAACCUGGGGCCCCGUGGAGCUCUUUUCCUGUUUCUUGACGCUAGAACAUCAGCACCACACUGUUAGCUGAGAGUGAGGGCAAGACAUGGGCUGCCUAGAAUGUGGAAGUCUGAGAGGGCCCAGUGGGCUUCUCUUCGCGGAAGGCAGGAGGGAGAUGGACUCAGGUGUGGACAUCCACCUCAAUAAACCCUACUGUCUGCUUCCCUGCCUCCGCUUCUUGGGAACCUGGAGGGGGUGGGUCUGGCACCUCUCACCAUACCUAUGGGAUGUACACUGAACAGGGUGCCAUUAGGGACUUCGGGGAGAUGUUGUUCCUUCUUUGGCAACCAUUCACUGGACAGGCUCUCUGCUCCCAUGACACCAAAGGCACAGUUCUGAAGUGAUGUUGUGAAUGUACAGUUCUAGGGAGGCUGGGAUAGACAGAAACAAGUCGGCUAAAAUAAGUAAACAAAAAAACAAGCCUACUACAGA